UGUCACAUGUUGACAUAGCAAAAUUGAAUUUCAGCUGUUGACUGUGAUGAAAAUAAACCGCACCACAAUAAAUCAUUUUUGGCUUUGUUGUAAAGUGAGAUAUAGUGGAUGCGGUAGCAGGAUGGACUCAACGAAAAGAGAUGAUUUCAUCUGUGUGACAAAUAGAACACAAUUAAACUUCAAUCAUAUGAGAAAUCGUGAAGAUUUAUCCGACAUUAAUUUACGUUGUGAUCGGAGAGAGUUUCGUGUGCAUCGUUUCUUAUUGGCUGCGUGUAGUCCAUAUUUUAAGUCUUUGUUCGAAAGACGUGCCAAUACCAAAUUAAAUAUUGUACUUAGUAAUGUUAAUGGUUAUGAUAUGGACCAUGUACUGACUUACAUGUACGCUGGUCGUGUUAAUAUAAAAGACGCUGAUAUUCAGGGAUUUUGUGAGCUACUAGAACUGUUUUUGAUGCCAUUGCCCGAUGGUAUUGACGUCGUUGAUGAAAUAGACCCCAAAAAAGAGAAAGCUGACCGUAAAAGACGUGCUCAACCUGAAUCUAAUGAUGACGAAUACUAUGAAUUCGUAAAAUGUAUGCGUAAUCGCUUAGAAUCUUUGAACAAAGAUAAUCUGGAAACCCAAGCGUCCGAGCUAUUAGAUAUGAUUGAAUUAAUUGAAGAAAUGGAUAUACUAUUGGAUUUGAUAUUGCGAUCGGUCAUACAGCCAAAAUUCAAUCCAGUCAACCACUUGAUUGUUCCACUGGUGAAAUAUAUUUGUGAUCAGGAUCCGAAUGAAUGUGACGAUACGCUUUACUUUCGUGAAACUCUACGUGUGAAAUCAUUGAAACUAUUCUUAAGGGUCAACAAAAGUCUUGUACAACAUCAAGUAGUUGUGUUACCAAAUGUUACAAAUUCCCUAGAUUUACAAGUCAAUCUUAUGGAAUCAGUUGAUAUGUAUUGUGCACCGUUGCGACUUCAACGUCUUGCCCAUUUUAUCGGCCAUUUAGUACAAAUGGAUAUAGUAAGCCGGGAAGAACUGAAGGAUUUUAUCGAUCAGAAUACGUUUUUGGAAGAAAUCCUUGGCGAAAAACAUGAAGACGAAAACUGUUGCGAUUUUGAAUUGAAUCCACUCGCUCGAAAAAUUCUUGACGAUAAAUGGUAUGCCAGUGAGCAUAUCACAUAUGACAGUAUUAAAUCAACGGAAAAUCACAUCUUCUGGUGCCGAAACGAGCUUGUUCUCGGAUCGAAUUCAAGUGGAAUUAGUUACAUAAAAAAGCCAAAUAAACCACGAAAACGAAAUAAAGACAAAAAGAAGAAGAAAAAGCAUAAAAGCAUCAAAGCAAAGAAGUAACAAGACGAGUAUAGCCGAUUUUUUUUGUACAAACAUUGUUAUUUAAUAUUUCAAGAGAACUUCCUUCAAUUAUAUUUUUCACUUCAAUAUACA